CGAUGUAGUAGCAAAUUUUCACGACAGCAACUUAACAUCUCAGCUAAGAUCCCUUUAUUAUUGUGUACCACCUCUUAAAGAAGGAUCUGAUAGUAUGCAACGCUUUUUAUCAGAAGAACUUUCAAAGUUUAUGAAAGAUGUUAAACACUCUUCAGAUGAAUCCAAGAAGCCAUCACGUUAUAAUUUUUCUGCACUUCCUGAUGAAAUAAUAAUGAGAAUAUUAAGAAACUUGGACCUAAAGUCAUUAUGUCGCAUGAGCAGAGUAAAUAAACAUUUCAAUAAUUUAGCACAAGACCAUCUGCUUUAUACAAGUUUAAACUUAAAACCAUAUUGGCACGUUAUUAAGAAAAAAGCAUUGUAUUACUUAGCACCUAGAUGUAAAUAUUUACGACGGUUGGAUCUUUCAUGGUGUGAAAUUUUUUUUCCGGAAAUUGACAAUUUUCUUGUCACUUGUGGUAAUCUCUUAACACAUUUACGAUUAAAUUGCUGCUUAUGGAUUAACAACAACGCCAUGCUUAAAAUUUCAAGAAUAUGCAAAAAUUUGAAAGAAUUAGGUCUACGUAAUUGUGACUCGAUAAGUGAAAAGGGAUUCUCAUAUCUCGAAAAUCUGGAGUUCCUGGAGCAUUUGGAUCUUUACAGGACACAUAUAAAUACUCAGACUCUUUGCAAGAUACUGCGAAGAAAUGUACGAAUGCGUCACUUACGAAUAGGAGGCACCGACAAAAGUCUGAAUGUAGAUGAAGUUGCAAUGGAAUUGAAAAAUUCCUGUCCAGAUUUGGAAAGUAUAGAUUUAUGGAAAACACACACUCUUACAUCGCAAGGUAUUGAUGCCCUUGCUGACUGCAAAAAUCUACGAGAAGUGGAUUUUGGUUGGUGCGGCAGUACAACUGGUCAUGGUAAUAGCUUCCGUAGAUUGUUUUCCUCCUGUCAACACCUGGAAAAAGUUUUCCUGACCUCUGUUAGAGGCCUUACUGAACGUGAUCUAAGAGCACUGACAUUGUGUAAAAAUUUAAAACAGUUAGAUUUGUUAGGUACAUUAUCCCUGACAGCUGAGAUAUGUCACGCAAUUUUCAUGAAUUGUCCUAAAUUAGAGAUGAUUGAUCUCAGCUUUUGUGACAAUAUUGCCGAUUGCUCGAUUCAGCAGUGGCAGCAAAUAUACACACAUAUAGCCAUUAAAAGAGUACACUGCGAAUGGUGAUUAGGUCUAAUAUAAAUUUUAAGAUUUAAUAUAAAUCUUUCUCUCGAGAAAAUCACAUUUUCAAAAAGUGAGCUAAGUGUAUGUAUCUCUUGAAAG